CUUAACACUAUUUUAAUAUUAAAUUUUGCGACUGUUGUGAUAUCCCCUGCGUUGGUGUGUAAAUAUAUUUAGUACAGUAAGUUUCCAACGUUGGGAAUGUCUGUAGAUAAUGCAGUUGACCUCGUAGAGGUUCGUUUAGACAACGACGACAUCGGUGACGACCGUAUAGAUGCUGUGAUAGAUUCGAAAGCCGACAGUAAAGGAGACGAGAAUAAAACCGACAAGUACGAUGUUCCUGGAGGCGGUGAUGCGGACAGCAAUGUCAACAUAAUCGAUGCCACUGAUAAAAAUGAAGAGAAGGAGGAGACCGCCCCUACCGUGAGCUUCCUCCAGCUGUUUCGUUUUGCUGACAAAUGGGAUAUCCUAAUGAUCCUUGUUGCCGCCAUAUGUUCUUCUAUCCACGGUAUCCUGAUGAGUGUCAUCGCCAUCUUCUUUGGAGACGCUUUUGACGCCUACGAUCCCACUGAUCCUAAUUCUAGCUUGGAAGAUGCCAUGAGGCCUGCCGUCUUUAAGUUCAUAUUCUUUGGGAUAGCGGCCUUUUUCACAUCGUAUGCUCAGGUGGGAUUCUUUAUUCUAGCUGCUUCUCGUCAAGCCAGACGCAUACGUAAUAAGUACUUGAAGUCCAUUAUUUCACAAGAGAUGGCGUGGUUCGACACCGUCGAUUCUGGGGCACUUACCGCCCGGGUGGCCGGAGAUGUAGUGAAGAUUGAGAGCGCGAUUGGCGAUAAAGUGGGGAGCUUUAUACAAUACAUGUCGAUGUGCAUAUCUGGAUUUGCGAUCGGGUUUUAUUACGGCUGGCAGCUGACUCUGGUCAUCAUGGCCUGUACACCGGUCCUCGCGAUCUCUGGUGCUUUCAUGGCCAAAGUCAUGACUGAUGCCGCUACUGAAGGGCAGACAGCCUAUGCCAAAGCAGGUGCAGUGGUUGAAGAAGCCUUUGGGAUGAUUCGCGUUGUCACAGCAUUUUCUGGACAAGAAGACGAAUACAAACGCUAUGCUAAGGGACUUGAAGAGGCCUAUCAAAGUGGGAAGAAAAAGGGCAUGUUCUCCGGCUUGAGUUUGGCUUUUACUAUGGGCUUCAUGCUCCUGACUUAUGCACUUGGCUUCUGGUUUGGAAAUAAGAUGGUGGUGGAGGGGCAUCUUUCAGUUGGUAACGUGACGACUGUGUUCUUCGCGGUCAUCAUGGGGGCGUUUGCUUUGGGCCAAGCGGCUCCCUCGCUUACGGCGUUUGCUACUGGACGCGGUACAGCGCAUUACAUCUUCUCGAUCAUCGACCGUGAGCCUGCUAUCAAUAAUCUGAGCACCACUGGCAUCGUUCCCAAGACUUGCAAUGGAAACAUUAAGUUCGACAAUGUUGAAUUUAACUACGCUAGCCGGGAAGAGAAGGUUUGCAACGGCAUGGACUUUGACUUGCAGGGCGGCAAGACUUUAGCCCUGGUUGGACACAGUGGGUGCGGGAAAAGUACUUGCAUUCAGCUGCUAGAGAGAUACUACGACGUUACUGGUGGGUCCAUCAAAAUAGACGGAGAAGACAUUCGAAACGUCAACAUACAAUGGCUGCGAUCGCAGAUCGGCAUCGUCAGCCAGAUGCCUACAUUAUUUGCGAAAUCAAUAGCUGAAAAUAUAGCAAUGGGCGCUUCCAUCGAAGAGGUGCCAGAUUGGGAUGGUGAAGGACCACGCUUCCGUCGUAAACAAGUAUGCCAAGAAGAGAUCGUAGCGGCCGCGAAGAAUGCGAAUGCUCACAAUUUUAUCUGCCAACUUCCCGAUGGUUAUGAUACCAUGGUAGGAUCUCGUGGCUCUCAGCUCAGUGGAGGUCAGAAGCAACGUAUCGCAAUCGCACGUGCACUGAUUAGAAAUCCAGCGGUGAUGCUUCUCGACGAAGCCACGAGUGCUCUGGAUAGUGAAAGUGAGCGUGUGGUGCAAGAUGCACUGGAGAAGGCUAGUACAGGUAGAAGUACUAUUGUUAUCGCUCAUAGGUUGACCACUGUUCAGAACGCUGAUACCAUCGCGGUUGUAGAGGCUGGUCGCAUAGUCGAGGCAGGCAGUCACGACGAGCUGCUGGCUAAAAAAGGGAAAUACUUCGAUUUCGUUCAGUUGCAGCUCAUGAACGGAGAUUCAAGCGAUGACUGCUCUUCUGAUGACGAAGCUACUGCUUAUCAAAAUACGAAACACGUGUCCAAAAAGCAUUCUAGAAAAUCAUCGAGAAAAUCAUCGAAAAUGUCAUCUGUGAAGCGCGCCGAGAUUCAGAGAUUGAAGGAGGAGACUGACGCUGCUAAGCUUCGAGAACUAGUAGACGGCGAUACGGACAAGGUUGUCGAUGAUGGUGUAGUUGUCCGAGCAUUCAAGAUGAAUGUUGGUGAGUGGAAACUCAUUGUCUUGGGUCUGAUAGGAGCGGCUGGAAUAGGGUUUCUGUGGCCAGGAUUUGCGGUAGUCUUUUCUCGGAUAAUUAACGCGAUGUUGGAGUCUGAUCAAGACGAAGUGGACUUUCUCACAAUCAUGUUCGUCUGCCUGGCUGUUUUUGCAUUUUUUGCACAGUGGUUGGCCAUCACACCCCUUGCGAUGUCUGGAGAAGCUCUCACAAUGCGCGUGCGAGAAGCUUCGUUCAAAGCACUACUACGACAAGAAGUAGGGUUUUUCGACAAAUCCGAGAAUUCUGUGGGGGUGCUUUCUGCACGACUGAGCACCGAAGCAGCCGAUGUGCAAGCCAUCACUGGUAGCCAACUAGGCUCGGUGAUGACUGUUAUUGGGACUAUGGCUUUUGGUCUGACAAUAGCGUUUGUAUCAUGUCCCCUGCUAGCGGCUGUGGUGCUCGCAAUGGUACCAGCAGUAGUUGUCUCGGGAGCUCUUCAAAUGAGGGCCAUGACCGGCUUUCAGAAAGAUGGAAACAAAAUGUUUGAGAGGGCUGGGAGUGUGGCAACCGAGACUGUGGAUUCCAUUCGAACUGUUCUGGCGAUCAACGCACAAGACGAACAACUGGAUAGAUAUGGGGACGAGCUUAUGGCGCCAUACAAAUCUACUAUCAAGGCUUCGCAUGUAACUGGCAUAGGAUUCGGGUUUUCCGAGUUCUUUAUGUUUGCAAUCUGGGCUGUGUCUUUCUACUAUGGAUCCACACUUGUGGAUGAUGGCAAGUGCGACUUCCAGGAGAUGUUGACCGCUAUUAAUGGUAUCAUAUUCGGAGCUAUGACGCUGGGGCAAGUGUCAGCGAUGAUGCCUGACGCGGGCAAGGCUAAGAUCUCUGCAUCGAAGGUAUUCAGACUCAUAGACCGUGUGCCUGAGGUGGACUCGUCUAGUACCGAAGGAACGAUUGUUGAUCAUGUCGAAGGCAACCUUGAAUUCAAGGAUUUGGAGUUUGCAUAUCCUACACGUCAGGAAGUGCAGGUGUUGAAGAAGCUGAAUGUGUCCAUUGGAUCAGGAAAGUCGCUAGCUUUGGUCGGACAAAGUGGGUGCGGAAAAUCUACCCUGAUUGCUCUUUCUGAGCGCUUCUACACGCUUCUGGGAGGGUCAAUCUCAUUGGACGGACAAGACAUCACAUCAAUCAAUAUCGGAUCGCUGCGUGAUCAGAUCGGUCUUGUCAACCAGGAGCCUGAUCUAUUCAGAACAUCCGUACGAAACAACAUUGCGUACGGACGUAUCAAGACUAGAGAUGUACCUGUGACCGAGGAGAUGAUCAUUAAGGCUGCCAAACUAGCCAAUGCUCACGAUUUCAUCAUGGAUCUACCCGGCGGUUACGAUUGUGAUGUCGGCGACAGGGGAAGUCAGCUCUCUGGAGGACAAAGGCAACGUAUCGCUAUCGCUCGUGCGCUGGUACGAGACCCAAAGAUUCUGCUGCUAGAUGAAGCUACCUCGGCUUUGGAUUCGCAAAGCGAGCGGUUAGUUCAGGCGGCGUUAGACAGUGCUUCUGUCGGCCGUACGACCAUCUCGAUCGCACACAGGUUAUCGACCAUCCAGAAUGCCGAUGUGAUUGCAUUUGUGAAGGACGGAGUCAUUGUAGAGAGUGGCACGCACUCGCAACUAUUGGCGUUGAAUGGCUAUUAUGCAAACUUAGUCAAAACGCAGUACAGAGAAUGAGGUGCUGGUUCGAAUCAUCUGUUCAAUUUAGAAGGCUGCGACAUCGUGUAGCCCGACGGUUACGCACCACGCGGUAUUGGCAUCGCAGGUUUAUUAUUAGGAGAUGGCAUGUACACUCAGAAGAGGUUUGCAAGGGACAAUAUAAUUCAAAUUAUUAUGUGACACUAUUUUAUAGUUGUAUACGCUAGUUAAGGUAGUUCGUACCCCAGACGCCUAGAGCGCAAGAAGAAGCAGUUGUCUGCAGGCAGCAUCAGCUAGUUUGUUGUUCUCAAGUUUUAUAGCGUGUAAGACCAUUUACACUGAGUAAAAUAUAAAAUAAAAGUCAAUCAUUAAGUAUAGAUCAUAUCCAACGAUCUUAUGUAUAUCCGACGAUCGUAUGCAACUCCAUUAGAAUCCUGAUGUGCCAUCUGCGGAAUAUUUUGUAAAUAGCGUCGUAGAGUACCUCCGGGCGUGUUUUCGUCCGUCUACUUUCCCAUUAUCUGUUACUUCGCUGGCAAUCAAGUCUACUGAUGAGUUCGUCG